AUGUAUUUAAGUAUAAUUGUGUUACCAUUACUAGGGUGUAUAGUUUCCGGCUUUUUUGGUAGAAAAGUUGGUGUGACAGGUAGUCGUUUAUUAAGUUGUCUAUGUAUAAUAUUAACAACAAUAUUAGCUAUUAUUGGCUUUUUUGAAGUAGGUUUUAAUAAUAACCAGGUAUCUAUAAACUUAUUUAGAUGAUUACAUAGUGAAUCAUUUAAUAUGGUAUGAAAUUUUCAAUUUGAUAGUUUAACAGUAUCUAUGUUAAUACCUGUGUUAAUAAUAAGUUCUUUAGUUCAUAUCUAUUCUAUAGGAUAUAUGAGCCAUGAUCCUCAUAAUCAAAGAUUCUUUAGCUAUUUAAGCUUGUUUACUUUUAUGAUGAUUAUAUUAGUAACUGGUAAUAAUUACCUGUUGAUGUUUGUAGGGUGAGAAGGUGUGGGAGUUUGUUCAUACCUUUUAGUUAGUUUUUGAUUUACUAGAAUUGCCGCUAAUCAAAGUUCUUUAGCAGCAUUUUUAACUAAUAGAGUUGGAGACUGUCUUUUAACAAUAGGUAUGUUUGUAAUAUUAUGAUCUUUAGGUAGUUUAGAUUAUAAUGUUAUAUUCUCAAUAGCUCCUUAUACUAAUGAAAAUGUUAUUACUAUGAUAGGUAUAUGUUUAUUAAUCGGAGCUAUGGCUAAAAGUUCACAGGUAGGUCUCCAUAUUUGAUUACCUAUGGCGAUGGAAGGUCCUACGCCAGUUUCCGCAUUAAUACACGCUGCCACAAUGGUUACGGCCGGUGUAUAUUUAUUAAUUCGUUCAUCUCCUUUAAUUGAAUACAGUACUACUGUAUUACUUUUAUGUUUAUGAUUAGGAGCAAUAACUACUGUAUUUAGUUCUCUUGUAGGAUUAUUCCAACAAGAUAUAAAGAAAAUAAUUGCUUAUUCUACUAUGUCACAAUUAGGUAUGAUGGUUAUAGCUAUAGGUUUAUCUUCUUAUAAUAUUGCUAUAUUCCACUUAAUAAAUCACGCUUUCUAUAAAGGAUUGUUAUUUCUUGGUGCAGGUGCUGUAAUACACGCUGUAGUUGAUAAUCAAGACUUAAGAAAAUAUGGUGGAUUAAUGUCAUUCUUACCUUUAACUUAUACAGUUAUAUUAAUAGCUAGCCUUAGUCUAGUAGCUUUCCCUUUUAUGACAGGAUUCUAUAGUAAAGAUUUUAUAUUAGAAUCUGCUUAUGGUCAAUAUUGCUUUAGUAGCUUAGACGUGUAUUUUAUAGCAGUAAUAGGUGCAAUAUUUACUACACUAUAUUCAGUUAAAGUUCUAUAUUUAACUUUUUUAGCUAACCCUAAUGGACCAGUAAAUUAUUAUAAAAAUGCUCAUGAAGGGGAUAUCUUUUUAAGUUUACCUUUAGUUAUAUUAGCUCUAUUUUCAAUAUAUUUUGGUUACUUAACUAAAGAUAUAUUUAUUGGUUUAGGGUCUGGAUUCUUUACAGAUAAUAGUAUAUUUAUUCACCCUAUGCAUGAAAUAUUAAUAGACACAGAGUUUGCUGUACCCAGUUUAUUUAAAUUAUUACCUUUAAUAUUCACAGUAUUAUUCUCAGUUUUAGCUAUUGUAUAUCCUGAAUUUAUUCCUAGUGCUAUAUCUAGUUUCAAAUUAUCUAAUUUAGGGUACUAUAUAUUUGGUUUUUUCAACCAACGUUUCUUACUAGAAUUUUUCUAUAAUAAAUUUAUAGUUAAUACAGUUUUAGAUAUAGGAGGUCAAACAACUAAAAUUUUAGAUAAAGGUAGUAUAGAAUGAGUAGGUCCUUAUGGUAUGGGUGUAGUGUUAACUACAAUAAGUAAAACAGUUUCUAAUUUAAGUAAAGGAGUUGUUACUGAUUACGCUUUAUAUAUACUUAUAAGUAUAUGUUUUUACGUAUCUAUAUAUACUUUUGCACCAAUAUUCUUUGACUUAGUUAAUUCUGUUAUAGUAUCUUGUGUAAUAGUUCUAAUAGCUAUUCAUAAUUUUAUAGUUAGUCUAAGUGACGUCUAA